GCCAGAGAAUGAUAUAACUUUGAGGAAACAGGUUCAACUGGCUGUGAUGUCACGACUGUCACCAACAUGGUACGUGUUUCCUCCUGCCAGCCGAGCUUCGUCAUUCGUCCAAGCGUCCUGUUUGACUGGACGAUCUCCUAAUGGAACCUCCUUCGUAUGAAGAGGCCAGUCUCCACCCUCCUGCUCUGAGUACAGAAGGAUUCAACAUCCCCCCUCCCCCCUACUACGACGCCUCCCUCUCCUCCCCCCCGACGCCUCCUCCCACCUAUGGAGAAGCAGUUACGAUCCAGCCGGACCCAUUUCCCGUCCUGACUUCACCCUCUGUGCCAAUUGCUGUGACAUCACCUCCCCAAAACACUGGAAACAUAAUCCAUCCACAUACACAAGUUGGUGUAACACCGACUGUCAACGGCAGACAAAGUCAGCCAGUAGUUGUGACCCAGCCACAGCCCGUCCCUGUCUCGGUGGCAUAUCUGAGAGACAUCCCUGGUUUGGUAUGCUGCCCACACUGCCACCGCACUGUCACCACUAAAGUCACAUACCUGCCUGGGAAGGCUGCCUGGUGCAUGUGUAUACUUCUCACACUGAUGGGGUUGGUAUGUGGUUUCUGUCUGAUACCGUUCAUGGUACGUGGACUACAAGAUGCACAUCACUCCUGCCCACAGUGUGGGAACCACCUGUACAUAUACACAAGAUGA